GCGGACACGUGCGCCGAUUGGUUCACAUGCGCGCAGUCUAUACUAAGAAUCGGGUCCACUGUGGCCACCAUAUACUCAUCGCUCAAUGACGAGGGAAUCAUCCACGGCUUGAAUGAGACGGAAGUAACUCAUGUGAUAACAUCGCAUAACUUACUGAACAAACUGAUGAAACUUAAGCCACAAAUCCCUAAAAUGUCGAAAAUUAUAUUUUUCGACUCAAAUAACAAUCAAAGCAAUCACUCGAUAGAAAACUUCGACAAUAAGGACGUCAGUCUCAUCGCAUUGUCUGACUUGGUAGAGAUGGGCCGACAAACCACUGAAGAGUUGUCUUACGAUUCGCCUAAUGAAGAGGAUAUUGCGGUCUUGUUAUACACUUCUGGAUCGACAGGAGUGCCAAAGGGAGUGAAGAUAACCCACAAGAAUCUA